AUGGUCAGCAUUCUGAAGCAUCAAGAUGCGAUCGAUGAUUGCACAAACUUGUUGAAAGUGCGACUGGACAAAUUUGCCAAAACAAACGAAGAGGUAGAUCUGGGGCUUUGGCUCGAACUAUUUGCUCAUGAUGUAAUUGGGCACAUCCUUUUCGGCCACUCCUUUGGUUUCUUGGAGAAAGGUACACAUGUGGAUUCCUUUAUUGAAUCUGUACACAACGCUGCCCCGCUUCUUGCUUUCAGUACUGCGGCACCGACCUACAUGCGCAGCAUCAUCAUGCUGGCCGCCAUGUGUGUUCCUAGUAAUUUGAAGCAGUUCAAAGGCGUACAAGCUACCGUGGUGGAAGCUAAACGCCAGACACAACUUCGACUACAACGCUCGGCAGAAGCGGACGAUCAGAGUCAAGACAUCCUUGCUCAGCUCCUGCGUAAAGUGGGACAGAAAGAUAGUGAAGCUUGGUUCACACACAAAGAAGUCACACUGGAGUCUUGGGCUGGUAUUAUGGCUGGCGCUGAUUCUGUCGCCGUCAACUUGAGGGCAGUUUUAUACUACCUUAUAAGGACGCCCGAUGCCAUGUCUAAAGCGACCCAGGAACUACAGACCCAGCGACACCUCCUCAGCACACCUGUCAGCUUCGCAGAAUCAACGAAGCACCUACCGUAUAUCAGUGCGUGCAUUAAAGAAGCCUCUCGCCUUUUCCCAAGUACCGGAUUCAACAUGAGUCGUAUAGCUCCUGCACAGGGUAUUACCCUGUCUGGCGUCUACAUCCCGGCUGGAUACCACGUCGGUAUCAAUCCGCAGAUAAUACAAUACGACAAGAAGCUCUUCGGCGAAGACGCUUUGGAGUUUCGACCAGAGCGCUGGCUAGAGAGCGAGGCCAGAAAAUUUGAGAUGGAAAGGGGGAUGCUGCUGUUCGGUGCAGGAAAGAGAACAUGUAUCGGGAAGAACGUAAGUUUCCUACGAGAGAUACAUUGUACUAAGAUCGCCUCUUCUGUUGGUAUACUGAUCACACAUCUUCCUUAG